AGCGCGACUAAGGAACAUACUGCCGAGAAUCAUCUUGCAAUGCUGCCACAACGACAAACCCGCCGAAGUGCAUCUAGGGUAUUUCUGAUAUCAGGGAUUCCUGAAACAGAAAGAGAAGAGCUAGGACAAAUGAUACAGAAACUUGGGGCUGUAUAUUUGAAAACGGAUGUCUUCACUAACAAUGCCACUCACGUGGUUUGUAGAAAACUGACUCGGUCUGAAAAAUUCCUAGGAGCAGUAGCUCUUGGCAGGUGGGUGGUGAAGCCAGAGUAUAUUGGAGACUCUUUCCUGGCCAAGAAAUGGCUAGAUGAAGCUGAUUAUGAAUGGAGUGAAGAUAAUACCGAGUUGUCCUCCUUACUGGCAGCUGCUGCACAAAGGGGACGCAGGCGGGCAGAGAUGUCAGCAGAGAAAAUCUUUGCAGGGUGGCAAGUUGCUGUGGUACUGGGGGAUCAUAAAAGACAAAAUGUAUACAAAAGACUACUUGCAUAUGGGGGUGCCAAGGUCUUCACCUUGAAACUUCCAGCCACCAACCCAGAAGCUGAAUCAGAGAAACUUACCUACCUCUUCACAGACCCAUCCAAAGCACAGCUAGCAUGUGAUCUGCAGAAAUGUGGUGUUAUGUGCCUCAACGUUGACUUCCUCAGUGACUUUCUCAUUCUUGAUCCACCACCAGAUCCCUUGAACUACACUUUAUUGAGUUUGGAUGGCAUCCCCUCAACUCCAGCUUUGGCCAGAACUUCCUGUGACCUCCCUAAAGGUCUUAGCAGAGUUGCUUCCCUGCAGAAGCAGCAUGAAACGCUUUCUUUCUCACAGAAAAAUCAAGAAACCAAGAUUGGAGCUGAGAUAGUCCAAAGCACAGGAAGUUUGACAACAACACCAGUGCUAGCUUCUCAAAGAUCAAUUCGAGAUUGGUUUGGACGUCAAGACAAGGAGAAUGACUGCGCAAAGGGAGCACAGCAUUGUGACAGAAAUGCAGGGAAGAGGGAUGGACUAAAUAUCCCCAGGGGAAAGCAGGCACACUGCUGGCUAGUCUCACACCCGCCUACCUCCCUUUUACGCCCACUUGCCCGAUUUCGCACAUCCACAUGCUCACACACAGUUCAUUGUCAAGAUAGACCAACAACGAGACAGUUAUCUAAAAAUAUAGAUGUAGACCCAGCCCAGGUCAUGAACAGCAGGACUGGGAAAAAUCUCAAGCAUACAGGCGGAGUUGACAAACAGUUGCAUGAAGUUCCUAAGAAAAAACUUAAAUUAGAAGCAUGCUUUUCGCCUCCAGUCAAAAUCACAAAAUUCCUAAAGAAAAAAACAGUCUCGACUGACCAAGAAAAUCACAGUUUAAGAAAGUGCAGUUCAGAAGUUGAGGGAGUUUCAACAUGGGAACUUAUGCAGUCAACUUAUGUUGCACUGAUGACAAGAAAUAUUAAACAUCUUGAUAAGUUGUCCCAGAAUGAGAAAACAAAGCCGAUUUCAAAGGAGUCUCAUAAAUCUGGUGGUGAACCUGUAGUGCAUAUGGUAGAGAAAAAGACACAAAGUUGAGAGGAAAACCUGUAGAGAUGCCUU